CCUCGUGAUCUCCGGUGCUUCAUUUAGAUGCCAUUAAAUUGCCUCACUGCUGCUCUAUAAAAGUCUUGCCACCUGCCAGUUCCUCAGAUCUUUGGCUUCUUCCAGUCUUGCUCCUGCCAGCGAAGAGGAACUUUCAAAGCCACAGCAAGAUGUGUGACCAGCAGAAGCAGCCACAGUUCCCUCCAUCAUGUGUGAAAGGGUCAGGAUCGGGAGUUUUGCAAGGGACCAACGGCGCUUCUGUGAAAUGCUCACCUCCCUGCCAGACCCAAACCGUCUAUGUGACGGGCCCUGCUGGGGGCUCUGGCCCAGGUCCUGCUGCAGGCUCUGCUGCGGGACUCACUCUGGGUCCAGCUCAAACCUUUGUGAAAUGUCCGGCUCCAGUCCCAGCUCAAACAUACGUGAAGUGCCAAGUUCCAUGCCAGACUCAAACCUAUGUGCAGUGUCUGGCUCCUUGCCAGCCUAAAACUUAUGUGAAAUGCCCAGCUCCCUGCCAGACCUAUGUGAAGUGCCCAGCUCCAUGCCAGACGACCUGCGUGAAAUGCCCGGCCCCAUGUCAGACGACCUAUGUGAAGUGCCCACCUCCUUGUCAGACAUACGUGAAGUGCCCAGUUCCCUGCCAGACUCAGACAUAUUAUGUCCAGUACCCUACUACUCGCCAGAGCUACUACGUUCAAGCUCCUGCAGGUGGCUCAGCCUCCCAGGGCUGUGCCCCUGACCCAUGCUCUGCACCCUGUUCUACCAGCUACUGCUGUCUGGCUCCUCGGACCUUCGGGGUGAGUCCCCUGAGACGCUGGGUCCAGAGACCUCAGAGCUGCAACACAGGAUCAUCUGGCUGCUGCGAGGAUUCCGGGUGCUGCAGCUCUGGGUGCUGCAGCUCUGGGGGCUGUGGCUCUGGGUGCUGCAGCUCUGGGGGCUGUGGCUCUGGGUGUUGCUGUUUGGGUAUUAUCCCCAUGAGGUCCCGAGGUCCUGCAUGCUGUGACCAUGGAGAUGACUGCUGCUGUUAAACACAGAAGGAGAGCCCUGCUCCAGGAUUUGCUACCCUGCUCUGCCUUUUGGAACACUCACCUGCCUCUGGCCCCUUUCCUGUCAUUCCUAGCAACAUAGGACCUCACCACUUCUCUCCGUACUUUGCUUCUUCACCAAGGCAGCCUGCCAGAGAUUGCACAAUCUUCAAACUUUGGCAAGAAUAAAGCUCUGAAUGCAAUUCACAGUGA